CAAGGUCAAUCAUUCUUCCAGUGUGCCUCAAGUACAUACCGCUCUCUCCCACAUACCCUCACUUUUGCUGCCUCCCUCCUAGUCGACGAGCAGCACAUUUGUGUCUAUUCUCCGUCUGUCGUUGAAACCACAUUCGUUUCUUAUUUCGCUCGCUUUCGUGAAAUCAUGUUCUCCCAGACCGUCGUCGCUCUCAUCGCCGUGCUCCCGUUCGCUGCCCAGGUCAUGGCUGCCGAUUGCGCUCGGAGCUACACCAUUCAGGAGGGAGACAUCUGUGAUUCCAUCUCGGCCGCUCAGAACGUCUCUACCUACCAGCUUGCGGCUGUGAACACUGACAAGAUCGACGCUACCUGCUCCAACCUCAACCCGGGCGACACCCUCUGCCUGGGCUACCCCGGCGAGGACUGCACCACGACCUAUGUCGUGCAGCCGGAUGACUCAUGCGAUGCCGUCCAGGCGGCCCAUGGGAUGAACUCAACCAUCCUCCUCGCGAACAAUCCCCAGCUCGACGAGGCUUGUUCUAACUUGUACAUCGGAGAGGUCCUUUGCGUAGCUCCCACCGUCCAGGCUCCCGCUGCCCCCUCCGGAGCUGUUCUGCACGGAGCGAGCAUCCCCGCUACUGCGACUGCUGCCGCUGUCGAGGCCGCCCCCACUGAUGACAUUGACGAUGAGGACCUCCCGUGGUGCGAAGACCUUUAAGUGUCGCGCUCAACCUCCGCCCUUGCAUUUCAAACCCUUUCGUGUGCACUUAGGAUCUAAAGAGAGGUCGUAGCGGGUGUAUGGUUAAUGUUCCUCUUCUCGCUUAGAUCGCACAUUGCUAUUACCCCUUUAUACCCGGAUCGUGGAAUUGUAAUGGAAGGAUACUCUUGGCUUAUUGCCCCUGCGUUGCUAAAGCGUUCUCUCCGUCACUCGAGUUCCUCCGCAUAUUCAUUGCUCCUUGUUAACUUUUGAGUGUCCUCCGUUUAUCGUCAAUUUCUACACCAAGUCUGGCGCAAAUGAAGCGGUCAGAGCUGAGUGCGUAUACAUUCU